CCCUUCCUUGCCACCACCAAGGUUUUAAUCGAUGUUAAUGUGGGCACAUUGAUCUUAAGAGAUGGGGAGCACCAAAUUACUUUUUCGAUUGACCAUGAGGGUGAGCAUGAUGAUGUUAAAGAAUGGAAAAGAAUGGUAUGUUUGGAAGUGGAGGUGAGCCACUAAAUGCGAACCCCACUAGUGCUCUUGCUCCUUGUGAUGAUGUGAAACAAGGACCUAAGGAUGGUACCAAACCCGAAGGAAAGCAAAGUAAAGCUUGGAGUGAGAAGAUGAGCUGCGCUUUUACCCAAAAGAAGGACAAGGGUAAAGCAAAUGUACCCGGCCAAGAGUGCCAUCCUUUGGAGCUUAAGAUGGGAGGUGACAAGCCUCACCUCGAAACUGUGGCGGAUCCACUCUCGGAGGCCUAGUUCUCACAAGCAUGAAGGAUCCACAACGUCGAGCUAGAGACGUUAAACUAGCACUUGUUGGAAGGCAACCCAACGUAGGUUUGUGUUUCUUUUCCUUAUUUUCUCUUUUUGAUUGAGUGAUGAGUCCAAGUAGUUAAAUGGUGAUCACUGUGCCAGUGUUGUGUUUUUGAAAGUUUUGGAUGUUUCGUAAUUGAGUUAGGGGCAUGGUUAAUUAGAUCGAGUCUUGAGAGUUUGCAAAAUGCCCUGUUUUUAUGCACUUUACGGUUUUAACCCUAUUAUCAUGGUCGUCAGACCAUGAUAAUGAGGUUGAGAUUGUGAUCUCGAAAGGCUUUUCCACGACUUGUUAACAUCACGGAUAGAAGGAGAUUAUCACGGUCAACUAACUCUGAUAAUUGACUGACCGUGAUGUUGACCCAAAACUCACCAUUUUGUUUGGGAUCACGAUCGAUGAGUUAUUAUCACGAUAUGUUGACCAUGAAAAUUGACCCCUGUCUGUUAAUCUCAGGAUCGGGCUAUAUAAAAGGGACUGUGAUCC